GCUCGCCAACAUGGCGGACCUGGAGGCCGUGCUGGCCGAUGUCAGCUACCUGAUGGCGAUGGAGAAGAGCAAGGCGACCCCGGCCGCCCGCGCCAGCAAGAAGAUCGUCCUGCCCGAGCCCAGUAUCCGGAGCGUGAUGCAGAAGUAUCUUGAGGAGAGACACGAAAUCACCUUUGACAAGAUUUUUAAUCAGAGAAUUGGUUUCUUGCUAUUUAAAGAUUUUUGUUUGAAUGAAAUUAAUGAAGCUGUACCUCAGGUGAAGUUUUAUGAAGAGAUAAAAGAAUAUGAAAAGCUUGAGAAUGAGGAAGAUCGCCUUUGUAGAAGUCGACAAAUUUAUGAUACUUACAUUAUGAAGGAGCUGCUGUCUUGUUCACAUCCAUUCUCAAAGCAAGCAGUAGAACAUGUACAAAGUCAUCUAUCCAAGAAACAAGUGACAUCAACUCUUUUUCAGCCAUACAUAGAAGAAAUUUGUGAAAGUCUUCGAGGCAGCAUUUUUCAAAAAUUCAUGGAAAGUGACAAGUUCACCAGAUUUUGUCAGUGGAAAAACGUGGAAUUAAAUAUCCAUUUGACCAUGAAUGAUUUCAGUGUGCAUCGGAUCAUUGGACGAGGAGGAUUCGGUGAAGUAUACGGUUGCAGGAAAGCAGACACUGGAAAGAUGUAUGCAAUGAAAUGCUUGGAUAAGAAGAGAAUCAAGAUGAAACAGGGAGAAACCUUAGCCUUAAAUGAAAGGAUCAUGUUGUCCCUGGUGAGCACAGGAGAUUGUCCUUUCAUCGUCUGUAUGACCUAUGCCUUCCACACUCCAGAUAAACUGUGCUUCAUCUUAGAUCUGAUGAACGGGGGUGACCUGCACUAUCACCUUUCACAGCACGGGGUGUUUUCUGAGAAGGAGAUGCGGUUUUAUGCCACAGAAAUCAUCCUGGGGCUGGAACACAUGCACAAUCGGUUUGUCGUUUACAGAGACUUGAAGCCCGCCAAUAUCCUCCUGGAUGAGCACGGACACGUGAGGAUAUCAGACCUCGGUCUUGCCUGUGAUUUUUCCAAAAAGAAGCCACAUGCGAGUGUUGGCACCCAUGGGUACAUGGCGCCCGAAGUUCUGCAGAAGGGGACCGCCUAUGACAGCAGUGCCGACUGGUUCUCCCUGGGCUGUAUGCUUUUCAAACUUCUGAGAGGUCACAGCCCUUUCAGACAACAUAAAACCAAAGAUAAGCAUGAGAUAGACCGAAUGACUCUCACCAUGAACGUGGAACUUCCAGAUGUUUUCUCCCCCGAGCUCAAGUCCCUUCUGGAAGGCCUGCUUCAGCGAGACGUCAGUAAGCGCCUUGGCUGCCACGGAGGCGGCGCACAGGAGCUAAAAACGCACGACUUCUUCAGAGGCAUCGACUGGCAGCAUGUCUACCUGCAGAAGUACCCUCCACCCUUGAUCCCUCCCCGAGGGGAAGUCAAUGCAGCCGACGCCUUUGACAUUGGCUCAUUUGAUGAAGAGGAUACCAAAGGCAUCAAGCUUCUUGAUUGCGACCAAGAACUCUACAAGAACUUCCCUCUGGUGAUCUCUGAGCGCUGGCAGCAGGAAGUGGCAGAAACGGUUUAUGAAGCAGUGAAUGCAGACACGGAUAAAAUCGAGGCCAGGAAGAGAGCUAAAAAUAAGCAGCUUGGCCACGAAGAAGAUUACGCCCUGGGAAGAGACUGCAUCAUGCAUGGGUACAUGCUGAAGCUGGGGAACCCUUUCCUGACCCAGUGGCAGCGCCGCUAUUUUUACCUCUUUCCGAACAGACUUGAGUGGAGAGGAGAGGGCGAGUCGCGACAAAAUUUACUGACAAUGGAACAGAUUGUGUCUGUGGAAGAAACUCAGAUUAAAGACAAAAAGUGCAUUUUGUUGAGGAUAAAAGGAGGGAAGCAGUUUGUCUUGCAGUGUGAGAGUGACCCAGAGUUUGUGCAGUGGAAGAAAGAGCUGACAGAGACAUUCACGGAGGCCCAGCGGCUGCUACGGCGAGCCCCCAAGUUCCUCAACAAAUCCCGCUCGGCCGUCGUGGAACUCUCAAAGCCGCCUCUCUGCCACAGGAACAGCAACGGCCUCUGAACCCCUGACCGAUGGAGAGGGUCCCAGGAGAAAGCACCUCCUCCGGGCAGUCCACGUGGGCUGCUCAGUCCUCAGAGUGCAGCCUUGGGGAAAAGUGUGAGGAUGAGGGACAAAGUUGCUCCCCUCCGGGGUGCUCUGUGGCUGGGCUGGGGCCAGGACUCCGAGAUGCUUCUGCUAGGAGCGGUGACCACCGUCAGGCUCAGGGGUGCCUCCUCCCUCCUCAGGGCCUCUGCCACCAUCGCAUCUCUCUGUCCUCGAAACUACUGAAGAAAUGAAGUUCUCCUUCUUUGCCAUACGUUUCUAUUGGUUAUGGGUGAACCUAGAACUUGAAAUGCUCCCUACUGAUCGCGGCACUUUUUACAUCCGCUAGCAAGCGUAUCUCAGACUUGCUAAGAUGGGAUCGAGCAGUCUGCUGUUCAGAUUGCCCUGCACUGCCACGUUCUGUCCAUCAACAGCCACUUCUGGGUUUGACUGUCUUUGCUCUGUGCUGCGGGGGCAUGGCAGACCACCCCGGGGGUGUCUCUUGUUCUCCCAGGCUUGAAAGCUGCAGAGGUUUUCUUAGAGGGUUACCCAUGGGUACCAGCCUGCCUGUGACAGGGAGCUCAGGCAGCUGGGGAUCGAGGACCCUGCCCCCCACCCCACCCCCGUCUCUGAGGGCGUGGGAGCAGUCAACACCAGAGGCAUCAGACCACAGAUCUUCAGAAGGUUCGCAGUGGCUCUACAAGAGAGGCAGUGGCAGUUUACAUCUCAAGGCAAUAGCCAUUUUCAAAACCCUCCAAGUCCACAGCACUUUCCUAUGUCUGGGUGCCCGGGACCGCCUGGGGGGACGCCUGUCUUGGGUUUGGACAGAAGCGGUCAUGUGACCCAGCACCUCUGGUUCCCUCUGCCUGACCUCAGGAAGCAUCUCGGUAAUGAAUGGGUCAAGGAAAGAAACUGUGUUUGACAUUUUAGUAUAACUUAAAAUGAAUUUUAUUGAAAAAGGAAUGCCGAAGAUGAAUGUGCCAGAAAGGGUUAACUGUGUAUGUUGAACUUAUGCUGUCGUUCAACUGUCAUUAAUGAUCCCAGGCCCGGAUGGGCCAUCCUGUGACAGCAAUGGCUGGGUCCCAGUGGCCGUCCUCUCCCCGGGGUUGGUGUCAGGCCCCAAAUAAGUGCUGGGUUCUAAAACCCAGUGUGUUUCCCAGUGAUGUCCUCCGUGUCAUCAGACUAAAAAUAAUAACAGUAAUUUUCAAAGUCAACAUAUUUGUCCUAUUCUUAGUGCACUUUCAUUGUCUGUUUCCAAGUCGACUACUCACAAUAUAAAUAACUUGACAUCGUAAUUAUCUGUAUCCUGUCCUCGAUAUUUUUAGUGGUUCCAAAUCUCUGUGUUUACAUUCGUGUGCCAUGCUCACUGGGAAAGUCAGUCCUUCUUAACGAAAUGACGUCUUGAGAGUUUGGGAAGAUAAUUACUGAAAGAGCCUUUUGUUUCAUAGAAAUUACCUUGGAAAAGAAACUGCGAGGUUUACUAUUUAUCUCACUUGCUAGUUGGAAUGUAAUAUACAUGUUCUGCUCUCUGCUGUUUGCAGUGUAGAAGUUGGGGCCUACUAUUUACAUGGAUUCUCCUGAUGUAAAAGGGAAGAAGAGUAGUCAAAUUCUUUUUUUAAAAAAAAGUUGAAAUAACAAAAAAACAGAGGUGGAAAAGCACUUCAUGACGAGUGAACAUCUUCCCAUAGCGAUUGUCCGUCACUGUCACUGGUGGUGUUAGUGGCUCUGUUGCAAGCUCGUGUGUGCUCAGCGCUUACAGUUCAGAGAUGAGUAAAUUACAGUUUAGAAAUUGCUGAGCUUCGCGCCUCUGCCGGACAGAGUAGAGAUGCAACCUCUCUUGGAGAAGGUACAGGAAUUCCUCAAGGGUCUGGGCUUAGCAUCCCAACAUUGCAUACCCAGGGCACCAGCUAUGCCAGUUUGCAUCUCUGAAAAACAUCAUUUAAGCUCUGGACCAGAACAUAAGGUCAUCUUCCCUUUGGAAAAGAAACAUGAAUUGGAAACACCCCAAGAGCUCUGUUGCCUCAGAUUUAUUCCAAGUAAACUCCCUCAACUCAAGAUGGAUGGAUAAGGACAGGGCUGAGAAGUGUCACGUGGAUGUCACUUAUUAAAAGUACCCUGUGAGGUUAGGAUGAGUGGCUUUUUUAGGGUGGGUCCUGGGUUGUGUUGGGGUCUAGUUUGACAGCCCCAGAGAGGCCAGUCUUCCUCCUGAACUCAUUCGUGCAGCCGUUCUGAUGGGGUACGUGUCUCUACUGCCAGAUGGAAGACUUUCCAGGACCCUUCUGUGCCAGCACUUGGUACCCACAUGGCCAAAGAAGUCGGUUGUUUUUAGAAGACUUGGUAUACGUGGUUGUUUUAGGUCUUCAUGUUUGGCUGUAACUACGUUUGGACCGUUCAAAAGGACAGAAUUGAGCACAAGUACUAUCAUUAUUUUAGAUUUAUAUGGUUGGGAUGUUUUAAUGUUCGAGAAAAUCGUCGAAGCUGAUAUUUUUAUAAAAUUAUGUUAAUGUCUUGAUUUCAUAAAGCAAAGGAAUCAUUAAAGCAAAGCCUAAAAAUUGAUUACGCUGCUGUGUGGCAUCUAUGAAAUGAAUUAGAAGCUUGGGAGAAUCUAAGGUUAUUUAUUUCUUUUUUUGGCCUGUUAACAUUCUCCUUGGUGCAUUUAUCCCCUUAUGUCACUGGCGCUCAUGGUUUUUUCCCUCUCUGUCAUGUUUAAGUAUGAUUUUUCAGCAAAACUGCUAGAAAUCAGCUGUUGUUUCACUGCUAAUGAGAACAUUUCACUACCUGUGCCUCUAACUGGUCAAUUCACAGACACGACAACUUCAAGUUCUGUAUGUAAAGAGAAGAAAGAUAGCAUUCUGCUCAAGAAAGACAGCAACAAAGCUGGAGAAGUAAAUAGAGCAACAGCCACAAACAACGACCUUCUUAAAGCAAUGUUUCGCCUUGAUUUGCAGUUUGAAAUACUCCAUACAGACCCUGGCAACAAUUGUUUGAAGACCCUCAUUGGUCAUUUUAAAAAAAUGUCAUUGACCAAUUGACAGUGUAGUUUAACUCUGAAGAUCAAAGUGUGUUCCCCCCGCAACCUCCCCGAGGAUUUUUUUAAAAAUUUCACUUGGAAUUUAUAGUUUAGUGAAUCCAAUACAAUGUUUGACUUUUUCUGUGGAAUUGACCUUUCUGAUAUUUCAGAAUUUUAACCCAUCAAGAAGAAAAGAAAAUUCUCAAAGUUGGACUUUUUUCGCUCGACGUAAAUCUGUUAAAAAUGUGCAAUGUGGCGGUGUAAGAUAAAACUUCUCUUGCAUGAUUUAAUUAGUUAUAAUUUUUCUCACCUACAUUCAGGGAAAUGUAUGUGUGUCAUUCAGAGAUACUUGGAAAGUGAACGCCUCACCUGCUGGGGGAUGGCAGAGAGGAGUCAGCAGCCUUCAUUCAGAUCUGUGACAGAUCCUGAGACGUCCUGGUAGAAGUGGGGCAAAGAGAAAAAGGAGUUUAUUUGCUAGUAAAAACUCAUCUCUUUACACCAUCAAGGACCAGGGAAGUUACAGUUAAACUUGGGGCUUCAGGGCUGUCCUCCUCUUAGAAGAAGAGGAAUUGAAUAGUAACUCUUGUAAGACUUGGUCUCUUUGACUGUGGAGCUGCUAGACUUAGAAUAGGCUGUUCGCUUUCCACCAGGACAUUAGGCUGCCCCUGUUUGUCAUCCAGCAGCCCUGGGGAAGGCCCACGGAGCCCAGAGCUGCUGCCUGUCUGGCUGUGCAUGCCUGGCAGCCAAGCAGGGGGCCAGUGGCGGUGUGGGUGGCUCUCAAUGCCCGGCCCUGCAGGUGGGGUGGGGAUGGGGCCGCAGAAGCGCUGCAGUUAACUGUGAUUCCCCGACGAUGACACGAGGCGUGCCACUUGAGCCAGCCGCAGUGCGCUCUAACAGUUUGAAUUUCUCAGAACAUUUUUUUUUCCCUCUAAAGUUCUAACAUGAUUUUCCUCCUGCAUUGGGUUGACUUGAGAAGCUUUAAAGAAUUAAUCAUUUAAAUUCAGGUUAAUAAGGAUUUUUGUAUCCAGGCCACAUUUUUAAAAAUUUACUGUAGAAUGAAUGAAAGUUGAACUCUAAAAUGAUACUUCUUGGUUUCCUCGAAUCAUAAUGGCCUUUAGAUUUCCUUCAUCCUCGAAGACUUAAGAGAGCCAUUCUCUGACAAAAGGGUGACAGAGACGCUCAGCUCUGGCAGUGGGGACACGAGUGACUGGCCACUUCACUGGCAUGGCUGGGUUAGCACUUCCUGAUAAAUGUAGCACCCCAAAUUUUAAAUUGCCUUUAUUAAAAAAAAAAAUGCACGUUACAGAAAAUGGAUUAACAGAAUAUGCAUUUGUCAAAACCAUAUAUAGGAAAAAUUUAAUUCUUCAUUUUAGACUUAAAUAACCCAUGUUCUUACAGUAAACUCUCUUAUACCUAAGAAAUUGCAAAAUCAUCUCUGAAAAACUGAUAACUAUGCUUCCAUUUUAGUUUUUUUCCUAACAUAAAAUGUCUCUCGUGAGGGUAGGGAAUGGAGAAAUAUUUCUAAUCAUGUAUUCAUAUUUCAAAGGACUUGAAAUUCAACUUCUUGUUUCUUAGUUGAUAUAUUCCAUGAUGUACAUUUUAUAUAUGGUUUAUAAGCUAAGCACUGGCCAUUUUUUUUAAGUUUUAUUGUUUGUAUUUUUCUAUGUUUUAACUAACAGAUGUGGCUUUUUUCUGGGUAACAUUAAGAUGCCAAACUACAUAUACAUAUAUAUAUAUAAACAAGAGUUCUAUUUUAGCACAAAAGCAUUUUAUAUUAUUUAUUGAACCCUCUCUUUGUUCUCAUCAAAAACAUUUCUUAACUGCUUCUGCUCCUUUUUAUUUGUAUAGUUUGUUAUUUAAGAAAACGCACUCCUUUCUGUUUCAUUUUGUUUUGUUCACAAAAUAAAAUUGAAGCGAAGCCUAUAGCAGUGUGGGGCGGACAUCCCUUCUCAUGGCCUGCAGACUUUUUUCAACAACAGCCAAACCCUCAGACCUGUGCCGACAGGCACGUGCACUUCUUGGGUAACACCUGACCGUGAACUUGCCGUGAGGUACUGCUUUCAUCUACCUCUUCUGAAGGCGCUGUGCUUGGGGACAGGUUCCCCGAACGCGUCCCUCUAGACCAGCUCCACCAUAGAAGAACUUCAGAGAAGCAUGUUGGUGUCCUCUCCUCAUGAUGCAGAUUUCACAGCGGCGCGUAGGGGCCCCAGCAAGCAGGGCAGGUAGGUACUUGUAUGGCCAGCCUUCAGGAGCUGAAGUCUACCUGCAGAGCGUCACUUCUGACUCUUCUUGUGCCAAAUCCCCCAACCAGUCUUGCUGUCGCCUCAAGAUUUGACUGUAGCACCUGAUUCAUCAGCACCCUAAACGGAAGCCUCUUCCUCCACGUUCUUCAGAAAACAGCCGACUGGGUUUAAAAGCAGCACUUCUGGGAGCAGCUCCUUUGAACAUGACUCUUCCCAUCUCGCCAAGUCAAAAUGACUUGGGAAAUGGGCUUGUCCACUGUUAAAACUUUGCAAGAGGUCUUAUGUUCGAGCAGACCUUUGAGGGGUCCACGUGAAACAGUGAAGAUGGGUCCCCAUGAGGGGUGAGGGGGUCCGUCCUCACACGCCGACAUGUCUCUCUCCUUGUGUCCCUUGCUGCAUAACCAUCCCCAUGGUCACAGAUUUGUUCUGUUUGUGGCCAAAGGGGAACACCUUUGAAGAAAUAAAUCCGUUUUCUCUCAUGCAUCGCUAUGCCAAAAGAGGUCAGUGAAUUGGAUAUUAUGAAUCUAAAGAUUGCACCUGUUAUCUGGCUUGCUUUCUCUUCCCAUCAGUUGUGCCAGGUGAGGUCACAGCCACCUCUUAGUGUGUGUUGACCGGUCUGAAAUUGUUUCCCAUGUGAGAUGCUGGGCCAGGUCUGAGGUCCCCUGUCCCGUGCGUGGCGUGUCACCGUCGGUUAGUAUCGUUGUUUCUCAUGGUCAUUUGGGGGCAGCCACGCUGGUUUUCUUUGUUGAUAAAUUACUUAUAUAAACCUCAAUAAAAAGGAUCUGUAUACAAAGAGA